UGGUCGGGUGCCAUAGCAACGGCUCAUGAGAAACAUUGUAUAGCCCAGGCCAGUUUUGACGUGCUCAGUGUUGGAUGACAGCCGCGUUCAUGCGGAGGAUGUGGACAAUCGCAACUCUUGCAACAAAUUGCCGUUGUGUCUCGUUGUUGUCUCGACCGUCCGCGAGCCGAUUGUUGUCAGAACUAAGCAAAUCCAGCGAGCAGCUAAAACAAGUAGCUACCCUGCGUGUGGAGAGCCAUGGCAGUUAUUUAAUGCAGGAAUAUGUUUUAUUGCACAUAGUCGCUCGGGUUGGGGCAGGAAGGUUUGUCAAGCAAGGGGCGGCGAUGGUGCGCGUCCCUUAUUUUUUUCUAUUAUUCUUUUUCUUUUAUUUCUUUUUUAUUUUUUUAAUCGCCGUGCCCUGGUGUGACUGGCGCGUCUCCCGGCUGCAUCAGCGCCUGUUGCUCCCCAUGCCAAUGACAGGAUAUUAAUUUUUUUUUUUCCUGUGAUGUGUUGUCUCCGCCCCCCUCCCUCCACGAUCACUCCAAAGUCUCCUCUGUCCACUGCUGUCAUCCAUUUGAGCAAAAGGCAUCUGGUGAGAGAAUGAAUGCUGAUGACUGCAAUGGACGCUCAUACACACAAGGUAAUGGAGGAGAAUCAUCAACAGAACAGGAUUUUUAUGGCGGGCUGCAGGGCCCUUCUGCAAGAUCUCCAAACAGUCAGCAGUCCUCACCACACCGCUCCCUUAGUGCAAACUCCAUCAAGGUUGAGUUGUGCAGUGAUGACGAGUCAUCGGGCGCUCCACAGCCAGAGAAGAAAGAGGCUGUGAGGAUCGACGGCGGGAACAAUGACCGGGGAGACCCCAUGGAAGAAGCCACUGCAGAGUUCGCUGGGGCUGGAAGAGACCUAGCAAGCAUAUACAGUGAGAUGGCCAGUCCAAAUUCAGCUUCACCAGGACCUAUCAGGUUGCCCAAUGGGAAGCUCCAGUGUGAGGUGUGCGGGAUGAUCUGCAUUGGACCUAACGUGCUAAUGGUGCACAAGCGUAGCCACACAGGGGAGCGACCAUUCCAGUGUAACCAGUGCGGAGCUUCCUUCACCCAGAAGGGAAACCUGUUGCGCCACAUUAAGUUGCAUUCAGGAGAGAAGCCUUUCAAAUGUCCCGUUUGCAAUUACGCUUGCCGUCGGAGAGAUGCACUGGCUGGACAUCUGCGCACACAUGCAGUUCCUUCUCCGACGGUGGGAAAACCUUUCAAGUGCAGCUACUGUAGCCGCAGCUACAAGCAACAAAGCACACUGGAGGAACAUCUGGAGCGCUGCCAUACUUAUCAAAAGAGUCUGGACCAAAAGGCGGCUGUCAACACGCAGACAGCACAGGGUGAAGAGUCAGUAAAUAUGGGGACAGCUAUUAAACCUGCACUCCAGCCAACCAAUGACAAAAUCCAGUUUGUGGAUCGACUGGCUAUAAGCAUCACGAAACGUAAGAGGUCAACGCCACAGAAGUUUUUGGGCGAAAAGCACAUGCACCUUGACCCACCCGAAGCACCUUACGAAUUGUCGUCUGGCUCUGAAAAAGAGGGCGACCUCAUGACUUCACAGUCUGUUGGCGACUCGACUGUGCUGGCCGGUUCACAGCUACACUGUGCCAGGGCUAAAGGUGAGAACCACGAGUCGCCUGCUCUGUCUCGGCUCCAUCCCACCUUCCUGUCUGAGCUCCGCACAGUCAUGGGUUCCAUCGGCAGCAAUGUGACCCCUCAUGGCCCUCGGGCCCAUGGCGGAGGUGGGCUGGCACCAAUGUCUCUCGGCCUGGCUGUGCGGGAGGCAGGCGAAGGCCGCGACGACCAGCCGACAGCACACAGCCACACCACCUCACCCAACGGCUGCCCCGACUCCACAGACACAGAGAGCACAGCAGAAGAGCAGAGCACAAGGGCUGCUGCCCCGACAAGUACCUCCAACAACCACCACCUCCACUACCAAACCUCAGCACUGCCCCGCAGCCAUCCCACUUCCAGCCCCAGCCAGGCCAAAGACUUGGACCCAGAGUGGGAGAGAGCGUGUCCUGUGCCCCCCACCAUAGUAAAGAGGAGCCCUGGCUCACCCAUUUCUUCCAGGGACACUGUGCAGGUGUUAGACCGCGAUGGCAGGCAGGUGCGCUCCUUCCACUGUCGGCAUUGCCGCAUCCUCUUUCUGGACCAUGUCAUGUUUACCAUCCACAUGGGCUGCCACGGCUUCCGCCAGCCAUUCGAGUGCAACAUCUGUGGCCACCGCAGCCAGGACCGCUACGAGUUCUCAUCUCACAUCAGCCGCGGAGAGCACCAGGUGGGCUGAGGAGAGGGGACGCUGGCAGGAUGAGGAGAGGUGACUGCUGCUCUAUAAAGUUGUUGGCUCACGUUUGUUCUGCACCAGAUCAGUUGCUUUAAAUCCUGUGUGAUUUUAUUGUAAGAGAAUCUAUUGUACCAAGGCAGACGCGAGUGAAGAAACUUAGUACUGCACCAGUCAAAGUUUAGCAGAGACAAAUUACGAUUGAUUGCACUCCCAUAUCAAAUCAUACUGCAAAACCCCUGGUUUUGCUUUAAAAGUGCCUUCUUUGGGGAUUUCCUCUUAAGUGAAAAAAAAAUUAGGGGGGGGUCUGGUGCUCAAAAAUCUUGACUAGCCAUCUUUUCCUAAGUGAUUUUAAGUAGUUAGCACUUUUAGGAGAUGCGGUUAAGAAAAACACGGCAUGUACAUUUUAAGAAAUAUAUUGCUUAGCGUGCACUAAGAGCUUCAUUUUUGUUGCUGCGGAGGGUAUUUUGUGAAUUGUGUCAGGUACGCUUAAUAUGCACUGAGAGCUUUGUGCCUCUAUGUUCAGGAGGAGCUUUGGUCACAGACAAAGCACAGAAAGGGAUUGCCUUAACUCCUACAGCGGUGCGCUGCUGUAGGAAUACACAUUGUUUACAGCAUGGUUUUAACAGUUUGUGGAGUCAACUCAAAGGAAAAUCAAAAACGAAAUGAACUCAAAAAUGGGAGUUCAGGGCUGAAUUAUAGCUAAAAAGCAGUUGGCUUUGGAUUUUAAAGUGAGCCUUAGAAGACUGGUGCAGAUCAGACCAUGAGCCAUGCAGUGUACAUUAAGAGCCCGACUGAGAUAGCCCAGGGUGCUGUACCUAUACAGGAUUGCACUUUUAGGUUCCCUGCUUAUAUAUGAACAUCUUUGCUGAAGCACUUGAUGGCUUUUUUUCAAUUUUCUUUCUUGAUUGUUCGACUGCACUGAUGAAUCGCAUAUUACUCACAACAACUGGUCCUCUAAUUUGCAACGCCAGUAUAUUUGUAACGAAGCCGGCCUUCUACAGAGUCCUACAGCGGUCUGCACUCAAGUUUGCUGCAUUGUGUGACUGAUAAUUAAAUAUCAGUUCAACUAAAACCAUCCUUUUGUGGUUUAAAGCUGAGAUUUUAGACAGUUUCCAUAAUAUAAGUGAGUUAAUAAAUUAUUUAAAAAAUAAUUAACAACGAAUCACUUUGGAUAUGUUCAGUUGUCACUUGUGAUUAUCUAUUUAGUGUUGUUUGUUUCAGCCUUGGUGUAUUUAAUCAGCUAUAUUCCAAAACUUCUCCAGCAUAUUCCUCAAGUCCAUGAAAUGUUACCUCCUGCUUCUUUAUAGCACCCAAAUACCUUAUUGCUACAGUAUGGUGAGUUAUCUGACAAUGUUAAUAUUGGGAACAUGAAUGAGACCAAACUCAGUAUUCUUACUUGUUAUUGUGGGUUUGCUGCUUCAUAGUUUUAACUUGAUUUCCUUUAAUAGCAAGCAAAAUGUACUUGAAACUGUUUGAGAAAAAAAAAGUAAAUCUAAAAAUGCACUUGGUUUGAUAAGUAGAGAAACGUGUGUGUGCGUGUGAAUGGAAUAUAGCAUGUGUGCUUGUCAUUUUCUGCUUUUAUCUAAAUUGUGAAUUAUUUUUGAAAUGUGAAGUAAUUUCAAGAAGUGGAAGUGAGGCAUGGGUUUUUGUCUCCUUGUGUGGACUCAAUGUUAUACAAUAUUUUGUGAAUGAUGUAACAUGACAAAACACUUUACCUCAAAGUUCAAGAUGUACAACUGCCUCAUUAUUUAAAAAAAAAAAAGUCAUGUUGCUUUCAAAGAUGUUCUUGCAGUUACAAAUGCGCGCCCCUCGAUAUUCUAAAAAACUUUUUACUGUCAAUAAAGUUACAUUUAUUGUAAA